GCGGGCUAAUGCAGGUCUCACCAAUUGCAUUGACCUGCGCCGAGUACUCGCAGCGCCAUAGCCUGUCUUGGGCGUCCGCCAAGCGAGACAGCUGCAUCUUUCAGCUCCGCUCCGCGGCAACGUGCGAAAUGCAGUCCCAACUUCACAAUAUCGCUGCUGUUGUCGAUAGCCUCUUUUCUUCUGGACAACUAUCCUCGCCGAAGCUAUAUGCGCGAAAGAAAAAUGGAUUCGCUGAAGAGGUUGUUGUCAAAGAAGCCUUUUAGUCAUCAUGGUGCAACCUCGCUCGCUCCAUCUGCUACACAGUCCACGGAGACUCUGGAACGCCGCGUACAACAGCCUCGCGGAGGACAAGGACACCACAAAGCUUGUCGAGUCGUACAUAGCAACCAUGGACAAAGUUCUUGGGGACAGGAAUGGUGAACCCGCCCUCGACGUUUCUGCAACACUGAAAGACCCGAGCCAGCGGCAGGCGCACAUGAGAAAGCUGGUAGAGGAAGGCCAAGCAAAAAUUUCCAGGCUGUCGCAGAUUACGCAGGGUGUCGGUGAUGCCGUCCAAUUCGUUCUCUCAGCCAAGGCCAUGGUCGACAGGGCGAUCCAGAACAUACCGCAAGCAGCGCUGCCGUGGGCUGGUGUCUGCAUUGGACUGCAGAUCCUGCUGAAUCCUGUUGAAGCAAUACAGUCCAAUCUAGCGGGCAUCGCGCAUGUUAUGUCCCGGAUGGACUGGUAUUGUGCCUUGUCUGAACAUAUCCUGAGCCAGAGCAACAUUGUGGUUGGGAAGGAGAGCUUCAAGUCUGUCCAGCUUCAGUUGGAAAACAGGAUCGUUGAGCUCUACAAGGCUCUCCUUUUGUAUCAGAUGAAGAGCGUUUGCUCUUUCUACCGGCAUCAAACCUGGAUCGUUCUCCGCGGCCUUGUGAACGUCGACGAGUGGGAUGCCUAUCUGAAGAGCGUCACAGACACCGAGGCAAGCCUUCAGGCCGAUUUGAAUCAGUUCAACAGUCAGCAUACCAAGAGCCUCCUAGGAAAGCUUGUUGAGAAAGCCGAAGAGAGGAAAGCGCUACUUGGAGAUAUUCAUCAAGCCCUUCAAAGCAGCAUCGCGGUGCAAGAGAAGACCCACAAAGCUGUCCAGGAUGGCAACACUCUGCGCAAGGAGAUUCACCGAGAUGAGAAGGAUACACAAUGCCUCCGAGACCUCCGCCUGACCGACCCGCGCGACGACAAGAAGCGCAUCCAAAACACGAAAGGCGGCCUGUUACGAGACGUGUAUCACUGGGUCCUUGAUAACUCUGAAUUCCAACAAUGGCGUAAAAGCCUAGACAGCAACCUGCUUUGGGUCAAGGGCGAUCCUGGCAAGGGCAAGACAAUGUUACUCUGCGGCAUUAUCGAUGAGCUGCAGAGAUUGACUUUGGGAACAGCCCCUCUAUCGUUCUUUUUCUGCCAGGCCACCGACGAGCGAAUCAACAAUGCCUCCGCAAUCCUACGCGGCCUCAUCUACAUGCUCCUCAACCAGCAGCCAUCCCUUAUCCCUUACGUGCGGAAAAAGUACGAGCAUGCAGGAAAAGCACUCUUUGAAGAUGCGAAUCGAUGGGUUGCUUUAUCCGAAAUUUUCAAAACCAUUCUGCAAGACCCAAGCCUGGAGGGCGCCUACCUGGUCAUCGAUGCGCUCGACGAAUGCAUGAGCGGUCGGCGAGAACUUCUCGAAUUUAUCGUUGAGAUGACAUCUACAGUUCCUUAUGUCAAGUGGAUCGUCUCCAGUCGCAACUGGCCAGACAUCGAGGAAAGUCUAGAAGCCGCUGAACAGAAGACAAGGCUCAGUCUUGAGCUAAAUGAAAAAUCCGUCUCGUCUGCUGUCAGCAUAUAUGUCCAGUACAAGGUAGAUAAACUAGCGCAGCUAAAGGGAUACGACGACAAAACACAGCACGCUGUUCAAGUCCACUUGACCCGCAAUGCAAAUAACACAUUCCUUUGGGUGGCUUUGGUCUGUCAAGAACUCACGAAGUACUCACGGUCAAGGGUUCUUACCAAGUUGAACACGUUUCCACCAGGUCUUGGUUCUCUCUACCAACGAAUGAUGGCUCAAGUUCGCUGCUCGGACGAGGCAGAUCUCUGCAAACAAGUGCUGGCUGUUCUUUGCAGUACUUACCGGCCUAUUACGAUACAAGAGCUGACGUCGUUCAUUGACAUAUCCGAGGACAUCUCUGACAAUCUAGAAUUCUUGACAGAGAUAAUAGGACUCUGCGGCUCUUUUCUGACCCUUCGAGAAUCCAUCAUCUAUUUCGUACAUCAAUCGGCAAAGGAAUUUCUGUCGAAAGACGCAGUGGACGAGAUUUUCCCUUCUGGUGUGGCACUCUUACACUACGGUAUCUUCUCCCAAUCGCUACAUGUCAUGUCCACGGCCUUACGACACGACAUGUACGGCCUGGCUACCCCCGGAUUUCCCAUCGAAAAUGUCAACCAGCCUAACCUGGACCCGUUAGCAGCCGCACGCUAUGCUUGCGUCUACUGGGUUGAUCAUCUCUACAAUUGGCAGUCAAGCAAGAAUACCAAUCACCCAGAUGUUUUCCAGGAUGGCGGUGUCAUCGAUAAAUUUCUGAGGCAGCACUAUCUCCACUGGCUCGAAGCUCUCUCACUUUGCAGGAGCAUGUCGCAGGGGGUGUUGUCAAUGGCGAAGCUAGAGAGCAUUCAUCAGCAAAAGAACGUUGCAUCACAAUUACCAAGGCUGGUUUAUGACAUGCGCCGAUUUGUUCAAUACUGCAGUCAGCUAGUUGAAAACCAUCCACUUCAGGUAUACGCUUCAGCACUUGCCUUCAGCCCUGCCAGAAGCAUGACACGAAAUCUGUAUAAGAGGGAAAUGAGGUGGAUUACUGCCGGGCCGGUUGUAGAAGAAGAUUGGAAUGCAUGCACACAGACGCUCGAGGGGCAUAGCGGUUCCGUCGGGUCCGUCGCGUUCUCGCCCGACUCGAAGCUCGUUGCGUCCGGGUCAGGCGACAACACCAUCUGGGAUACGGCGACGGGCACAUGCACGCAGACGCUCGCGGGGCAUAGCGGAUGUCGUGAUGUCAUGUCUUUGAAGUUGUUUGCCUCCUGGAUGUCGGCCGAGAGGUCGGGCCAUAGCGGGAUCUACGAUUGCCGCUGGCUGUGA